ACACGUCAAAAUAAUUUUUACUUUCGAUUAGAACGAAACGAAGAGAUGUUUUGAAAAUGAAUUUGUUGAUAAUUAAUCGUGUUUGGAGUGUCUAGAAAUUUCCUGUAACAUUAAUGUGACGAGCUGAAGUGAUUGUGUUGCUGUAGAUUGUUAGAACAUCAAGAUGAAGGCCCUACUGGCCACUGUUAUUAGUCUGACUCUUACGGUCGUGGUUAUCGGCAAUGCCUAUUACCAGAAGAAACAGUUUUAUCCCUCGGUGGUGUACCUGACUAAUUCCAACCCUAGUAUGGCUGUGAUGUACUUGCAAGCUUUUAUUUUAGUUCUUUUAAUUGGAAAGCUUAUGAGGAAAGUAUUCUUUGGAACACUAAGACCAGCAGAAUUUGAGCACUUAAUAGAGAGGUCAUGGUAUGCCAUCACAGAGACAUGUCUAGCCUUCACAGUGUUCCGAGAUGACUUCAACCCUAAGUUCAUAGCUCUGUUCACUGUGCUGCUCUUCCUGAAAGCAUUCCAUUGGUUGGCCGAAGACAGGGUUGACUAUAUGGAGCGGAGUCCAGUCAUUGGCCUGGUGUUCCACGUGAGGAUCCUCUCCCUCCUCAUGCUGCUGGCACACCUGGACAUGUACUUCAUAGUGCACGCGUACCAGGUCACCAUGGCCAAGGGACCUUCGGUGCAACUGGUCUUUGGCUUUGAGUAUGCCAUACUGAUCAUCAUGAUUGCCAAUAUACUUAUCAAGUACAUCCUGCACGCCAUAGACUCCCGCUGGGAGGCGCCCUGGGAGUCCAAGGCCGCGGUCCUGCUGUACACGGAGCUGGCAGUGAACUUCCUCAAGGUGCUGCUGUACAUCGGCUUCGUCACCGUCAUGGUGCGCAUCUACACGCUGCCGCUGUUCGCGUUCCGGCCCAUGUAUGAGACUAUGAGGAGUUUCAAGAAAGCGUACAACGACGUGGUCCUCUCCCGCCGAGCUAUACGCAACAUGAACACCCUGUACCCGGACGCGACGGCGGCCGAGCUGGCAGCGGCGGACAACGAGUGCAUCAUCUGUCGCGAGGACAUGCACAGCGGUGCGAAAAAGCUGCCAUGCAACCACAUAUUCCACGCGGCGUGUCUCCGCCUGUGGUUCCAGCGGCAGCAGACGUGCCCGACCUGCCGGCUGAACGUGCUGCGCGCGCCCGAGCCGCCCACCGCCGCGCCCGCGCCGCCCAAUGCGGCCCCGCCCCAUGUGCCCAACAUGCCGAACAUGCCGCUGCCCCAUAUGAACCUCAAUAUGCCGCAUAUGAACCUCAAUAUGCCGCCGAACUUGAACUUGCCGCCGAAUCUGCCGCCGCCGCCUCCUAUGAUGUCAUGGGGCGCGCCCCCGCCCCCGCCGCCGCCGCCCCCGCGCCCCGCCGGGCUCGCCACGCUUUCACUGGCUGAACUACAACGCAUGGAGGGAAACGAAAGAGCGAAUAUCGAGGCGAGGUUGCAAUUGCUGCAAGAGAUCCAAGCGAUGCUGGACGCGGCGGUGCUGCUGAUGCAGCAGUACUCCACGGUGGCCGCGCGGCACCCCGGCGCCACCGUCGCCACGCAGACUGACUCCGUUAAAGAGUCCCCAGAGCGGUCAGGGGCUGGCGAGGCGCCGGCGCCGGACUCCACGUCGCCGUCGGGACUCGACGCCCGGCCCAGUGCGGCCCAGCCCGGGCCCAGCAAGGACCUGCCCAGCUCGAGCGUUAUGAGCUCCACUAGCACUAGCAAUGACUCGACUGACGCCGCCGCCGAGGAGUUAAGAAGACGACGACUGCAGAAAUUCACAACGGAGAAAUGAGCCCACUUAAUUUUGAUUUUUUGUUUCACUUUACUAUAACAUAAUAUAUUUAAUAUUUAAUGUACAAAGCGUUUUAGUGACGUGUUAGCAUUGUGCAUCAAUCAAAAAUAAUGUAUUUAUGUUCAUGUAAAUAUAUUGGAUAUACACAUGAAUACAUUACAUCCCGAUUGCUUUUUGUUGCCGACUCCUCACAUCACAUCGUAAUUUUUGUUUGUAAGUUCUUAGACAAGUGAUGUUGGUCUUAUAGUCACAUUCCCGGGGUUCAUGAAAAUCGAGUAUAUACGUGAUCAACUAGAGUUGAUUGAAUAGUUGAGGUAUCAGUCACUUCUGUAGGCUGUCUGAACUAUUUCUUCCUAAUUUAUUACUCACAUGUAAUUUGCAAUAUUGUCUUGUUUAUGUAUGGGUUAAGUUGAGACAGCUACUGAUGUAUCAUGCAUUCACACUGUGUAUAAAGCACACAUUAUAUCAGAGUUUUUUUCAAAGAUGUUCAUCACCAUCUAUGUUAAGAUAGGUAGAUUAUGUUAUCCCAAUCCUGAUAAGCCAAAAUAUUUUGAGACAAAAUCUAGCUUAUCUACUUUUAGAAAAUAAAAUAAGAAAAGUUUCAAAGUC